UCUUGUAGCAUGCGACUUCGUUUCUGGAGGCUAGAAAAAAAGUGGGUUUUUUUUUUUUUUGCUAACAUUUUGGCGACUUUGGUGUUUCUUCUUGCAUGCAUGAAGUGGGCUUUUAGCAUUUUUUGUUUAUCUAUCCUUCUGGUUUUUUCACUUUGAAAUGUUUCCUAUGCUUUUCUAUUGAAUUUGUUUUAUUUUUCAAAUUUUUUGGAAUUUUUUUUUGGCUAUGUUCUGGUAUAUUUCAAGGAGAUGAUCUUAAAUGGGUUGUUUUGUCUACGUCGAGUCUUCCAAUACUAGUAAUAGCACAAAAGAUCUUUAUACCUAAACAUGAUCUUUCUCUAAUUCUGUUUUCAUUGCUACUAUGCAGCUCAUUGUCUUUCAAUUAAUUAUUCAUCACUGGAAAUAAAAAAGUUUUUAAUUUGGUAAAUGAUCAAGUACUUGAUGCCGCAUGCACAGUAAAUCCAUCAUGCACUAGACUUUAAAUAAGGUAUUUCUGUUCAAUACAGCCCUUGUAUGAGCCAAUCUUCUGAGAUCGGUCAAUACUUGAGUCUUUCAUUUGCUAUAAUUGGUUAGAAACCUUUACAUUUACAGUGGGGUCUCUCGAAUACUUUUUCAUUAACUAUACAUCAACACAACAAACUUGUUUAAUUUGGCUGAAUUUUUGUGUAAAUUUUUAUUAUAGUACAAUCUGCUUUAAUCUCGCUUCAGAUUUUUUUGUUCUCUUUAUGGAGAAGUGCUGUGAUGAUGCAGAAGAUAAGCGGUAAUUUGCAGUACUUGUGGGCUGCCUGAGAAAGGAUGCCAAACCAGCUAUGAUUAGCACUACUAAUGAUUUUUCAGCAUGGAAGGAUUUCCCAAAGGGUCUCGGGGUCCUUCUUCUUGAUGAAGACAGCAAUUCUGCUGCCGAGAUAAAAUCAAAGCUUGAAGCUAUGGACUAUAUUGUUUAUACCUUCAGCAAUGAAGAUGAAGCUUUUUCAGCGGUUUCAAGUAGACCUGAAAGCUUCCAUGUAGCCAUUGUAGAGGUCAGUAUGAACAAUAACAAUGGGAGUUUCAGGUUUCUUGAAGCUGCUAAGGGCUUGCCUACCAUUAUGACUUCGAACAUUCAUUGUAUCAGCACCAUGAUGAAGUGCAUAGCGCUUGGAGCAGUUGAGUUUCUUAGGAAACCACUCUGUGAGGAUAAACUAAGGAAUAUAUGGCAGCAUGUGGUUCAUAAGGCAUUCAAUGCAAAGGGGAAUGACCUUUCUGAAUCACUAAAGCCUGUUAAAGAAUCUGUGAUCUCUAUGCUGGAUCUACAAUUGGAAAAUGGAAAAUCCAAGAAUGAAGACUGGGACAAAACAGAAGAUGCAACUAUGAUUCAAGAAAAUGACUGUGAACCAUUAUUGGAAAGUGGUAAGUACCCAGCUCCUUCAACACCACAACUAGAACAGGGAGGAAGAUUGCUAGGCGAUGGAGAUUGCCAAGAUCAUACUAACUACUCAACAGAAAAAGAGGGUGGGGAGCUGGAUGGAGAAUCCAAAUCUGUCGAAACUACUGAUGAAAAUGCAAUUGCUGAAGUAACUGCACCAGUUGGCCAACCUCAGGGACGAAUGGAAACCUUGCUAAAAGAGGAGGCUGACAUAGUUGAUGGUACCAAGGGCAAGAAUACGUACUUUCAUUCCCAGAACAGAGUAAAUAGCAAAGAUUCUCAUGCUGACGCAGAAAAGCAAAGUACAGUUUCUGGUCUCCAUAAUUCAUGUCUGAAUAAAGCUAAUCGAAAAAAAUUGAAGAAAUAUCGAAUGCAUAGGAGACACAUUUUGCCCAAGGAGGAUGAUCGAAGGUGGCCACAAAGGGAUCAAACGCAAAGGAGUUAUCCACAUAAACUGAUCAUGGCCUUCCAGCCAUAUCACUCUAAUCAUGUUAUCCCGGUUGGUCCACUUUAUCCCAUCUGGGGAGCACCUCCGCAUCCAGCCAGCAUCCAGACGCAUGGUUACCCCCCAUGGCAACCAACUGAAAGUUGGCACUGGAAGCCCUUUCCAGGGGUGCAGGCUGAUGCAUGGGGUUGCCCUGUUAUACCCCCACCUCGUGGAUAUUGCUCUACAUUCACACAAGACAAUAUGCAGAAUGCGUGUGGAUUGCAUUGUUCUAGGACCAUGGAUAACCGAAGUGGCAUGCCUCAAAUUUUUGUUGAACAUCAGCCGGCUGAGGAGGUAAUUGACAAAGUUGUGAAAGAAGCAAUAAACAAGCCAUGGUUACCUUUGCCCUUAGGCCUCAAGCCCCCUUCCACUGAUAGUGUGCUAGCUGAGCUCUCUAGACAACGCAUAGCCAUCAUUUCUCCACACGUCAACGGCUCUAAUUAUUGCUGACGUGGCACGAGAUAUCACCUGGUCCCACCCUUAUGCUUCCAGAUUUUCCCAGAUAUUUGGGUGACUGGUUCGGACCACUCCCAUCUUUGCUGCACAAUUCGAACUCUCCCAUCAAGUCAUCAACCCAAAAAAUAAAAAGAAAUUGAAUGUACGCGCCUUGGAGCUCGUGGUUCGAGGCUUUUUUUGUUCCUGACAUCCUGCCACACGAGGACACAAAGAAGAAAAAAGGUCAAUCGGAUCCAACUAUCGCCACACUAAAAAGAUCAAGAGCUGUCGCUUUCUUAAGUGACAAAAUGGACGGAUUAGAAAUGACCACGUAAAUGUGAUUUCAACCAUAUUUGAGAUACGUGGUUUUAAAUAGUCUCUAACAUAAGACAUGGCAGGACUCGUGACAAUUGACAUGAGCAAUUUGCCUUUAAUAGAUCAGAUAUGUUGGGGAACUUUUUUUUUCUCACUUCAUUAUGUUCCAUUAUUGGUUUCGAUGAUGAGAAUUUCACUGGACGGUGUGAUGGCAUGGUCAUAAGUUUUUUUUCCCCUGGUGGGUCCUAGUGGAAAAUGCUGUGUAAUAAUGUGGAAAUUGGAAAGUAGGAGAAGGAUGAAUCUGCUCGUCUUUCAUCUUCGUGAGUAAAAGUCCGAGAGACGAAAGCCUUAAUUUGGAUGCUGAUCUCUUGGCAAGUUGAGAAAUUUAUAUUGGCGCAAAACAAUGUGGUUUACAUGUGCCUUUGGAUUGAAAUGUCAGAAACUUAAAAGAGAGUGUCAUAUUAAGGGUUAAAAUUAGGGAUAGUAAUUUAACUCGUCUCUUAUGA